CUCGGCCGCGUGGUGGCGCAGCGUGCUGCAGAUGUGUCGCAGAUUUUAAAAGUCCCUGUAGUCAGAAAGAGCUAGUAGGAGGAAAUGUAAAGAGGGAAAAACAGAAAAGCUUCCGAAACUGAAGCUGAAAACGAGCCUGCGGAGCUCAGGAGCAGCGUGACCACAGGAGGGGAAGAGCGGCGGACUGUCGAAUCCUACAGUUACUUUAGAGGAAGGAGCAGGAGCUUCUAACGCACACGCGCGCGCAGGGCUACUGCGUUAUUCCGCUCAGAGCCCAUAUGGAACUGUCAGCUAUCGGGGAACAAGUGUUCGCUGUGGAGUCGAUCAUAAAGAAGAGAGUGAGGAAGGGGAAUGUGGAAUAUUUACUUAAGUGGAAGGGUUGGCCCCCAAAAUACAGCACCUGGGAGCCUGCAGAGCACAUCCUAGACCCUCGGCUUGUUCUGGCUUAUGAAGAGAAAGAACACCGGGACAGAGCUGUAGGCUGGCGUAAGAGAGGACCCAAACAAAAAAGGCUUCUAGUGCAGAACUUUUAUACCAUGGACCUCCGCAGCGCUCAUAAAGCUGCGGAGAAGUCACCAGAACGUCUGCGGCUCUCUCUUACUCGCUCACUUGAUCCACAGAUCGAACACGUGCACAAGAGGAAACGGAGAAGCUCCAGAGAUCCGUCAGUGGAAGACUGGGAAGGGAGGGAUGUAGAUGAUGAGGAUGAAGAUGAGGUCUAUGCUAGAGAAGAGGAGACAGAGACUGACAGGGCCACUCCGAACAGUAAUGAUGGGACAGAGGGCUGGAAUUUAAUAACUCCAAAAGCAUGUAAGGAAUGGAGGCCAGUGUUAGGUCCAGAAGAUGUAACUGUGACAGAUGUCACCAUCAAUUCGCUGACGGUUACUUUUAAAGAGGCAGUGGUUGCAAAAGGCUUUUUCAGAAGCUGGGAACUGGAGUUCUAAUACUGUACUGAGACUUGGGGAGGAGUGAAGAUGGUGUGAGAGGAAGAGUUGGAGAGAGUUGGUGGUACGUGAGAAUUUGAUCAAAUGCACUAUGUUGGAAUGUUUUGACGUAAUUCACUCUACUGCAUGGCAUUCGUUAACAUUUCAAAGUAGAUUCAUAAUUAGCACAGGAAACAACCUCAGCAUGGAGAUUAAUUAUUCAUGCUGUCUUUAACUUGAGGAGGACUUCUCUAUUUAACAACAUAGUUUUAGUCUUCAAAGCCUGUAACAGUGAUUACAGUGGAAGUAGAAGAGAUAAUAAAAGUUGCACUCUAAUAGUACUGCUACUUAUCUAAAUACUGGUAAGUUCAAUACUAUUUUAUUUAUCUAUAUAUAAUAUUUUUAAGCAUAAUGUGGCCUCAAUGUACACAUUUAGACUGACUGUGGGAGACCAAAGUGAUUCAGUGUGAAUGAUUCAGUGUGUUUUAAUUGAUAUGAAGCUUCAGGUGUAUACAGGAACAUUAUUAUGUGCUGUGCAUACCCAAUGGAAUAUUAGUGUAAUGGUGUAUUAGCCGAGUCUGAAUCUUUGCCCUAUUACCCAUAUAGUGCACUAAUCAAAACAUUUUGUUCUUCCAUUUUGUAGCUGUGUCUGAGAUUAGAUGCUGAAAUUUAGCAUACUGUGACAAUCGCGACAGUGCGUUUUAAUAUAGAGUAAACAAACAGUCCAGGAGCCAUUUUACAGAGAGUAUGCCCACUUCUUAUUUCCACUGUUAUAUCAGAAAAGACUGCAAAAUUCUAGAGAGAGUCCACAAGUAAGAAUUGAGUGAAUGGGGAUGAAAGGAGCUAAAUGGAUUAACUUAAAUUGAAAAUAGUGUCUGCUUAUUUUUCUAUAAUUUUAGAAAGUACAAUAAAGUAUUUACAUUAUAUCCAAUUUUU